AUGGAUGCCAGCUCUGAUGCGGGCAUCUUCAGCACUAAACUAGUUCCUUGGUUAAAAGAAUAUUUAAAACAAAGAGGCAUUCAAAGCUUGGGAAAGCGCAAGAAUGAACUAGUAGAACUUUGUGUAAAAAGUGAGGAGAUAAAAGUCCCGAAAAUCUCAGAAGAGGAAGAGCCAGUCGAUCCAGCAAUUUCAAUGAAAGAGCAACUGAAAACUUACAAUGAAGGGUACUUGGCCAAUCCGUUGAACAAAGAAAAUCAGGCUUUUGGUAAAUGGACCCACAAUUUUUCGGAAGUACCAGACUUUAGAUUUCCUGAUCUUUUUAAUUAUCUAGUGGGAAAGGAUCCCGGGUAUAACGCCGAAAGCCUAAAAAGUUACAAAUCUCUUCUGGGAUACAAGUUGUACUUCGAUGGACACGUAGAAGACCUUUGUUACCAUCCGCCACAAUCUAGUGCCAGCAGUUACAGUUAUUUUCUGUUUGCUGUAAAGCCAACUGAAAGGUCCAAGGCUGACGAUGGGUCAGCAACAUAUAAGGGUUUUUUUAUUUUAAAGAAGGAUGGAAUUGUGCAUUCAGCCUACUGCCCAUGCAAAGGAGGGGCAGAUGGAGGUUGUCGCCACAUAGCUGCAGCACUGUUUGAUCUGGAAGCAAGCGUACGAUUCAAUGAUCUCCAGUCAUGUACAUCAAGACAAUUCAUGUGGAAAAAGAAAGGAAAGAGAAAUGAGGGAAGUUUGCCUAUUCAGGAGCUACAAACAAAUAGUGGUGGCUAUGGUGUGACAGUUAAAGACUCUGCAAAGCCAAGAGAUUUUAAUCCACUUUGUAUUCCUUAUGACUCAGCUGAAUUAGAACAACAGUUCAAAGCUGGGUUGCUGGAAACAUUCCCAGGUUCUUCAGCUCUCCCUUUCUUACAUUCAGCUGAAGAACCAGGGCAAACAGAGGAAGAAAUCAGGGCUUUGAUAAGUGAUGAUUUAAAUGUCAGUAAACAAGAAAGUGUUCAAAGUGUUGAUGUUUAUUCAAUGAGUGAUUACGCUAAAGUGUUUGUUUCUGUUAAUAUUGAAAAAGUGACAGCUACAGUCUCUACAGAACUUGCAACUGAGUUCCUUGAGUUUAUUUCAUUUAAUGAAGAGCAAGCAGAAAUGAUCAACAAAAAGACUGUCAAUCAAUCCCAGUCCCAAUUUUGGUUUGAUCAAAGGGCAGGAAGAAUUACAGCUUCCUCAUUUUACACCGUGUGCCACCUCAGAGAGAGCACAGACAAGAGAAACACUGUGAAGCAUCUUAUGAAUUACUGUCCAAUUGCUGAAGAUGCAAUGCCAAAACAGUUAACGUCAUGA